AUGGCAUCAGUUGAGUGCGCGGUACGUAUGAUGCUCAUGACGGAGUGCGAAACCGAGGGAACUGUAGCCAUAGGAAGCCGCAAUGUCUAUCGGUGGGGCGGCAGCGAGACGUUGGUGGACUACUUGAGCCGGAUUUAUCCACGGUCUACUUCAAGCAAUGCGUCUAAAGAUCCCGUUGACCUCAAGAAUCUCAGAUGCCACGUUCUGGCUAGGGAUGCUGGUGUGAAAAUCCAGCAUACCGAGAAGCUAUCAGAUCACCUGAACCUAGCAUGCCGCCCCAGGACCAAGGUGCUCUUGGUUUUCUCUCAUAAGGCAUUCCUCGAACACAGCCUGGAGAUAGUGAAAGCGACCCGCCCGGAUCUGAGCCAUACUAACCACGACGCAUUGGCACUAGGCUGUCUACCCGCAAAGCUCAUCGACGAGACGCUGAGAACUUACAAUCUGCUUUUCCCGCUGAUUGGAAGCACCAAGUCUCAGAAACUGUGGAAAGGCUGGGUCAAGCGCGAAAACUUGGACCCAAGUCUCUUGAAAGCCUCCUCUGGCCUCUCCAAGAAGGGCACACCACGAACAUUACACGAUCUCUACGAGGAUUUCCCAUACUGGGCCCCCCAGUUGGCCCGUCUGCUGGAAGAAGUCGAUGAUCCGACUCCGACUACUCGGUGGGAGAGAUACGCAGAGCGGAGAAAGUCUCACCGACAUACGUACAAGUGCGCCAUCGCCGCGCUCGUGGUGGCUGCCGUCUCGGGGACGCUGGCGACAUUGUUGGCAGCUGUUCAGGUGUGGAUAUCGUACUGUGAUUGGGACAAGAAUACCAACAAGACACUAUGUUAA